GUCAAUAGACGUACUCGUACUCAGUACUCCAGCAAAGCAGUCCAUGCUAAUGCGCACCCAGUACCGAGUCGAACAGGAGCGCUUUUACUGACAAAUAUCUUUCCUGGAAAUUAUUAUUUUUUACGUAAAUCAUCAUGUCUAUUAUUGUGAGGAACUUCCAGAAGUCUGUGGCCUUUAACUUGGAUAAGGUGAAAGGUGACUUGAAAGCACUUCGUCGCAUUCUUCGUGUUGAAAGAUUCGAUGUUUCAGUGAUAUGCGUGGAGGAUAAAGACAUCAGACAAAUGAACAAGAUAUAUCGGGCGACAGAUGAACCUACGGACGUGCUCUCGUUUCCUGCCCACGAGAAUCUGAAGCCAGGUCGCCUGCCAGACCCCUGGAGUGACUUAGCAGACUUGGGAGACAUGUUCCUGGGGAUGGGGUAUAUCGAGAGGGACUGUACCAAGCACAACGCAGACAUUGAUGAUGUACUACCGGUUAUCAUCACUCAUGGCCUAUGUCAUCUUAUCGGUUAUGAUCACAAGACACAAGAACAAUGGAAAAUGAUGCAUGACAGAGAGCUACAAAUCUUGGAACAAUUCAAAAAGCUGACCGGUCAAGAUCUUCAGCCAUUGACUGGACGGUCCGAUUUCCUUCAGGCCCAUCAUACAGACCCACAACCUCACAGUCAACCUACUCCGGCAUAAGAGCAGUGCAAUCUAUACCUCUCUCUCUCUCUCUCUCUCCCUCUCUUUUGCUCGCUCUCUCUCUCUCUCUCUCUCCCCCCCCCCCCCCCCUCUCUGGGCGAGAAAGUGUGGGACUAAUACAAGGUGAGAAAGGAUCACGGUCUUCCACCUUAAAAAUCGUGUUAUCUCCGCCCAUUUUUUUUGUGCACUAGUGGAAGUGUGGGAAUCAUCAAUUACGCCUUUCUUUUACAAGAUAUAUUGUAGGUCCAAAUUUUGUUUUUACUCUUAAAAUCCUUUGUAUUAUGGUAUUGAGCUUAUUAAAAAAAAUCAAUUUAGGCCAAAUCUAUCACAACAAAAGUGCUCUCAGUUUGCAUUCAACAGACAAGUUUCAUAAUGUUUUAAAUUCAUGCAUUUUCUUUCUCUGCAAGUAGAGUACUUGGUAAACUGUAGUUCCCUGCAUGGAACAUUAUUUACAACGUUACAUUUGGGAGAUAUGCAAUUUGCAUGAAUAUGUGAGCUUUUGCAAUGUUUGACAAUCCCCAACAAGCUUUUUAGUACAUAGGGAGACAUUUUUCAUCAGGAGAUCAUGCAUAAAGUAUGAAUACAUUUUAAAAAAUUGGCCUUUGUUCAUGAAAAUUUGAUAAGUGAAUUCACAUUUGAUAAGCAAAUUCACAUUGGACACAAUCAAACUCAAGUUCAUCUCGGUAUAAUAAAAGUGCACACAGAGCACUUUGUGGCAAUUAACAGGCAAAAUCAUGGAUAUCUUAAUUAAGAAGGAACCAGCCAUACUUUUGAUGUAAGAAACAUGGGUAAUUAACACAUGAUUACCUCUCCAACAAGCAUGGCCCGGACUUGGUCCCUACAUUGGAUGUUCUGUGUAGUCUUAUACCUCGCAGCAUAUAAUAGUGAUCAGAAGUGAAGGUCUCUCCAACAAGCAUGUCCAUGACUUGGUCUCUACAUUCGAUGUUCUGUGUAGUCUUAUACCUUGCAGCAUAAUAGUGAUCAGAAGUGAAGGUGCAUGUGACAUAAGACUAUUUCCAUAGAAGCACUGUGUGUAAGCCGCAUUUCUUUAUGUUUAUUUUUCUGAAUUCAUUUUUUUCUUUGGGGUCUCUUGGCUCUCAAAGAGCUCUAGUGAAGUGCUCAGUAGCUCCUCAUCACUGUCGCUGUCCAUGAAAUCCUUUUCGAUGUCAUGACUGGUGGUUGGGGUAGACGGUGGUGUUUUCUUUGGUGUGCAAUGUUCUUGUGCACUUACUAGGUCUGUAGAUGUGGAAGGUGGGUUAGCUGGUGUCUGGGGGCUCGAUUUUGGCGGAGUUGAUGCCAUGGUGUACACUGCUGCUUCAUCCCGACCCUUAGAUUUAAGUUUCCGUGGCAUGGUUGAUACAUCCAAAAAUACGACUUCUGAAUCCCACAAGGACAAACUCUGCGUGAAAUGUAUUCCUCUAGUAAUAAAGAAAUCUGCAAACUAGAGUCCAAAUCAAUUCAAAAUAUUAAAAUAUUAACAGUCAAGAUCUAUCAAGUUCAUAAGUGUAAGCUCUAGUUGUUUUUCAUUAUGCUCAUGGGACAAGCAAAAAUAACUGGGUACAUAAAAUGAAUUAUCCAAAAUUCCAUUCGAAAUUCCAGAUAAAAAUGAGAGGGAUACAAAAAGAGAAACAUUCUUUUAAAAGAAGUACAACAACGUCUUUAACUUACUGCUGUCACCACAGUCUUCCUUAUAGCCCUUGUUGAGAUUUUACCUGGCAGGCCAAAGUCCUUUCAAGACUCAUUGAGUGCAGUACUAGGCUUGUUUACUCCUUUUCCCUUGGAUGGCAGAAAGAAUCUUAUGGUGCCUGCAUGUUCACCACUGAAUGUGAUCCGCCAGGAGAAAGAUGUCUCGCUUCGUCAUACACAGUGAAAUACUUCCACUGAUCCUCUCGAAUGAUCACUUGUGCCUUACCAUAGACACGGGCUGUCUUGUGAACCCCCACCUGCAGAGAAGUAGACUAUUCAUCGUCAUAUAAAAAAUGUUUGCUUCCUUGACAUGAAAUACCACCAUAAACCAUUUAGUACAAAAUCUGGCUUUAAAAAAGUGUAUCCUACAGUUUAAUUCUCUUAGGUUUAUUGCAAGUUUAGAUACUUCAUUCAUUCUGCUAGCUUUCUUUCAACUCCUAGUAUCUCUAUGAAUUAAGUAACUGUUUCAGAUCUACAAAUACUCAUCUAACUGAGGGUAAAAACAGUACUAAAGAAGUAACAUUUUUAAAGCAUAAUUUCCUUUUCUUCCUUGAAGAUUUAAGUUUUUCUCUUACCUUAAUGACCCUUUUACCAGAGCAAUUAGUAGCAUUUGCCACUUCUUCACCAGUCAUAUUCGUAAGCACACAGCUCCUCGGAGCACCACUCAACAUUGCCAUCAACAUGUCUUUUGAUUCCGCUUCUCUUUCCUUGAUUUCAAGAGCAGUGUUCUUUGUUAGCUGAAUCAGAAGUCCUUCCAUUCGCUGAAUUUCUCUUGAAGAAAUUUUGAGUUGUUCUGCAUCAGAAUACUCGACUUUCAGCAUAGCGAUAAAUUUAGCAAAGCUGGAUAAAUAUUUGCUGACUGUUUUUGGUCUGAACUGUGCCUUCAGCUCUUCAUAAACCCUGGGAUUAUGGU